AUGGUCAAGUGUGAAGUACGAGAGAAUGCAGUAAAGGAGGAAAUGCCUCACGAUCAUCUGUUUAAAGUGACUGGCUUGUCUUCUUCAAAUUUAGAGAAAUUAGCUGAAGAAGCCGAACCAUCAGAUUUCGAAAGUGCCAUCGCCGCGACGGGCUAUGGCAAAUUCAACAUUGCUCUCAUGCUUUGCACACUUCCCGCCUUCUGGAGCGCUGUUUCUGUCACCAGCUCAACAAGUUAUAUUUUUACUAGGGCGCAGUGCGAUAUGGGACUAAAUUUAUUAGAUAUGGGGACGAUUGCUGCUAUGACUUAUGGAGGCAUGAUAUCGUCGGCAAUGGUGUGGGGAUUCUUAUCAGAUACAUUAGGCAGAAGAAAGAUUAUGGUAUGGGGAUUUUUCUGCUCUGGUCUGGUCGAAAUUAUGGCUGCUAUGAGUCAAAAUUUUGCGAUGCUUCUUGUAACCAGGUUCGCUAGUGGAUUCCUCUUUAACGGACCUUUCGCGGUCCUGGUCUCCUAUCUCGCAGAACUUCACCGAACGGAGCUAAGGGCUAGAGUAAUUUUGUUAACGAGCCUCUUCUUCACCAUUGCAAAUACAACUCUUCCGCUUCUCGCCUGGGCCAUUCUCACCAAAAAUAUGGACUUCUAUAUCUUUAAUUAUUUCGUGAUUCACUCCUGGAACAUAUUUUUAUUUACGACUGCUCUCAUCCCACUUUUGACUGGCUUGGCCUUUCUCUGCUUGCCGGAGAGUCCCAAAUUUCUCAUGUCACGAGGGAGAAACGAAGAAGCCUUGGUCAUCUUCAGGACUAUAUACAAAUGGAAUACUGGGAAACCUGCUGAAGAGUUUCCGGUAAAAACCUUAGUGGAGGAAAAGAACGAGCAGCAAGGUCAAGGAAUAGCUGCACUCAAAGGUGGCUGGGCACAAAUGGCGCCAUUGUACAAGCCACCUCACCUCAAAUGGUUGGCCCUGAUCUGCUUUAUACACAUUGGCUGUAUGUUUGGGUCCAACACAAUACGUCUCUGGUACCCGCAACUAGCAGCCAUGAUCGGCUCGGAUUCGCAGGGUCUAUGCUCUGCUAUCGCACCUGCCAACCAGCCUGCUGCAGAUGAAACCUGCGUUCCCAUCGCUACUGAUAUGCUGACAUAUCUUCAAAGCGUUGCUGUUGGAGCCGGAUCUGUGCUCACUUAUGGAAUUGGAGGAAUAUUCAUCAAUAGAUGCGGCAAGAGAUUGGUGGCAAGCUUUUGUGGUAUAGCAAGCGCUCUUCUAAUAAUUCUGAUGCCGUUCCUCGGCAACAGCGCGUUUGCUGUAGUGGCGAUGGUGACCACAGCGAUGGCUCUGACAUCCUUAUGUGGCGCUUCUUUAUCCAGCAUAACAGUGGACUUAUUCCCUACUUCUCUCAGAGUAAUGGCCAUGUCAACGUUCCUCAUGAGUGGCAGAGCAGGCACCAUCACUGGUACUGUGAUCUUCCCAGCACUUAUAGACUACGGCUGCCUACCGCCUUUCCUAACCAUUGGCGCCGUUCUAAUAGUGUGCGGUUUAGCGUGCUUCCUAGUGCCGAAUACAACUCUGAAGAAAUUGGAAUAA